AAAAUAAUCAUAUAUUUUUGGAGAACUUAUUUUUUUAAAUAUUUUCCGUUGCAAAUAAAUUUUUUUCUUCAACACGUUAUACAUUUUAAAUGGCAACUGAACUGAAUUUUCGACAACUUAUUGAUCUGGCGAUCGGUUCACCGGAGCCGGGUCAUGUAAAUUUUUAUGCGCUGCAUUUUUUACUCUUUUCGUUUGCCGAAAAACUGAAUCUAAUCGAUGAACCCGUGGACAAUACCAAAUACGAAAACGUUUCGUUUAUUAGAAGUAGUGGGAAAUCCGGUAGCGGUUCCUGUGACCAAGGAUUGCAUACUUUUGAACAUAGCAAAGGCUCGGUACUACGCUGUAGCAAAGAUUCAUCAAAACAGUACAUGGUUUAUAGUGGUAAUAAAAUUGUGAAGCGACAUCGCAGAAGAGAACUGGGUGGCGCAGACCCCGAGGAAGCAGUUACCGUAGAGGAAGCUGAAAUUGAAGAAGCUGGUGGUGAGGGUGUGGAGCCUCAACCGAUACCAGAAGAAAUUGAACCUGAAGAAGAAGCAAAAGAAGAAGUGGUAGUGGAAGAACCACCAGCUGCUGGUGAAGAACAGCAAGCAGCACAGCGCACAACUGACUUAGAAGUUGCGUUUGUAACUGAACCCAAAGUGGAGGAGACGCUCGAACAGCCACUUGAAGUGAAAACUUCUGCUGAAGAAAUCGAAUUUGCCAUACAAAUGGAGCAUCAAAGUUUAACACGCUCGGCCUACCGCGGCAUAGCAAUUAUGAAGGACCAACUUGAAUUAGUUAUGGAGCAAGUGCGUCUUUUAGUCGCGAUUACGGUACAAAAUAAAGCCACGCCGAUGCAAUUGGAGCAAAUACGGUCGUUGGUGAAAAAAAUGAUUGCCAUACAGAAGGAGAAUGUUUACAUAGAGAACGCAUAUGGUUUCCGACUGGAUGACAUUUACUAUGAUCCCGAUCUGGAGCGUGCCGAAGCUGGUGUUGAAGAUGAGGAGGAGGAAGAAGAGAGUCUAGUUCGCAGCGAUCCCUCAUAUAAAUCGCCAUUAACAUCGCAUGUCACAGUACAACCAGCAGCACCGGUUCAACAUGAAGAAUACGAUUUGGAUACGCAUCUUUGCUAUUCGCCCGAUAAAUUGUUGGAUCAGCUAAUGGAUUUAAAGUCUGAAUUUUGCAUGCUGACGAAUAAAGUUAAUGAAAUCUCUGCGACAAUACUCGAACAGGAUUGUCAACGUACCACAAUGCUCAUUACAGAUCUACAGGAUCAACUGAAGGAUUUGAAAUUCUACGUAUCCAGUUUGAAGGAGGCCACAGAUCGAAUGGAAUCGAAGAGCAUGAAUUACAGUGAAACAAUCGAUGAAAUCACGAAGAAUAUCGAUGAAAUAAUGAACGAAAAAAUCGAUAAAAGUGAAAUUGAAAUAUUGCUGGCUGACAAAGUAGACUACAAUCAAUUGCAGCGUAAAGUUUCCAAUGAACAGAUGCAGGAGUUCCAAUGUCGUUUGGAGAAGAAAUUCGCUGAAGUGCAAAACCAAAUAAAAACGAACGAUAAAAAUAUGUAUCAAGCCAUGGAUAAUAUCAGAAUAACACUGGGUUUGGCAUCUGUCGACGAUAUAUUGAAUCGCUUCAAGGAGAAAAUAGAAGCCCAAAUAAAAGGUUUACAGGAGACACUACGCAAGUACAUGGACGCGACGAAUGAUGAAUGCGCAGCUGCAGGCGCGCGCAUUAAAGUGUUGCAAGAUCUCGCCUGCAUCUCGUGCGACACCACCUGUGUUAUGCGCACUAUGGAGAAAUCGAAGGUGGCGAAGUUACCAAAUGCCCACGCAAAUGCCAACUUACUAAGUCCACUCAUUACGUAUGAAAUCGGUGCUAUCCGUAAGUCGGGCAUUAUGGGUUAUUACCGCAAGGAUGAGUUCCCUCAUGCACCCAACGCCUGGCUGAAUCAGCAAAAAGUAUCAAUGAAAAUGUGUGUACCGCGGCAUGCAGGUGGUGCUCAUACCACUCACACAGCAAAGGAGCAUUUUGAAAAAGUUGUGAUUAGUAAAAAGUAAAAAAAAUUUUUUUUUGUGAUAUUCUGUAUGUGCAAACAUUUUCUUUAAUGCUCGGUGUGUAUGUUUCAGUUUCAUUACUUUAAUAGGUUUUUAAGCAACCAAUUCGAGCCUAAUCAUGACGAAAUUUGCAUGUUUUGAUGAGAUAAGGGAAUUUUAAUAUGAAACAUUUAAUUUUCGGAACAUUCAUUUUUAAAAAUAAAAUUUUUAAAUGCUGAUUAA